AAGGGCCAAGGUCGAGGUGGCGGGUGUGUACGCGCGCGUAUUUUAUACUUAUACCUGCACGAAUGACGUAGAAAACGGCAUCAUCGCCAACUCUUCAUGCACCCCCCGCACCGAGAAUGCUGGCGUAUGAUUUAUAAUAAUUUUUCCUCGAGAUUAUGGUGCAAGAUUACAUCCAACUUGAUACCUAAUACGUGACUCCUGCUGGUCCGUACUGAUGGUGCAGCGCUCUCGGCGAGAAAUUAACUCGAUGAUCUUCGAUCCCCGUAACAACGGAGUUGUUAUUAAAAAAAAAAAAAAAAAAAAAAAAAAAAAAAAAAAAAAAAAAAAAAGUGAACAUCAAUAGUAUCAGCACGAAUUUUUAGAAAAAGUUAUAUAGAGGAUCUGAAUGAAUCAGAGAGUGUGUGUAUGUGUGUUGUUGCAUGAAGCGAUCUUGGCCGCAGAAAUGUCGCGAAAUCGAUCCCAAAGCAGCGACAACGACAGUGACAGUGCAGAGGCUCUGCGAGAGAGCUUUGACGAAUAGGUAGUCGUGGUCGUGACUCCACGUUACGUCACGCGUUAUCAUUAAGGAAUUCACGGGUACUCGUCGUAAAAUCAACUCGUCACUCUUUCUCCCGGAUUGAAUUAAUUCGCGCUAACGGACGUACACCACAGGUCUCUCUCCUUCUUGCAGUGCGUUUAUACCUAUACGUGUGAAUAAUAUAUAGUUAUACGGAUACAGGGCACGUAAACAAACACCAUAUAACAACUAUACUGCAACUGUUGUUGCUGCAUCUGUCACAUCGCUGCAUGCAGACUACCAGGAUGAGGGUGAUACUGCUUAAGUUUCGCGAGGUGACCAAGAAGUAUCCAGUGGUCAGGGGCAUGGCUUCUUACACGGUGAUCUGGCCCGUGGCCAGUCUUAUACAGCAAAAAAUAACGGGCAAGGAGCAGCUCGAUUACAUGCAGGCCGUCAGGUUCAGUAUCUACGGAGGUUUCUUUGUCGCUCCAACUCUUUACUGUUGGCUCAAAUGCGCCUCGCACUUUUGGCCCAGGGCAGAUCUCAAAUCAGCGAUCACCAAGGCUCUCGUUGAACAAGUGACUUAUGGGCCUAGUGCGAUGUGCUGCUUCUUCUUUGGUAUUAAUUUUCUCGAGUUCAAACCCAUCGAUGUCUGUAUACAAGAAGUUAAAGAGAAAUUUUGGCCAACCUACAAGGUUGGAGUUUGUGUGUGGCCAUUCUUGCAGACAAUAAAUUUUCUUUUAGUACCAGAAAAAAAUCGAGUAGUUUAUGUAAGCAUAUGCAGUCUCAUGUGGACCUCGUUUCUUGCCUACAUGAAGUCAAUAGAACCCAAGAGGCAUAUGGAAAUACCCCAGUAUGAUCCAGUUGUGGAACCAGAAGUCAAACACAAAAAAAAGAUAUUGAAUGACAGUACACUGGCGUCAGCCCUUAGAUAAUAUUACUUAUUAUUCUUACACAAAUUCACAAUUAGCUUAAUUUAUAAUUGUACAAAAUUUUUACUCUAGGUAAUUAAACAUUUUGUUACAUGUCUUGUUAUAAGUAACACAAUGCUUGUAAAGUGCUCUACUUAUAAGUGGUUAAUACUUAUAAACAGAGGUUACUUGGCAUUGUUGUUACAUCGUUGUAAGAAAAAGAAAAUUAGCCAAUUUAUCGUGAUUUCUUUUCGCGAGACGAAAAGAUCAAUGAAAGUAUUGAAAAUAGAGCUUGAUUUCUGAGCUUUAUCUGUAAAUAUAUAUACAUAUAAGUAUUUGUACUUAUGUAAAUGGCUGGAAACGCGAUAAACCAGUCGUAUCACGUAAAAAAUUGUUUUAUUUAAAUUAUCGUGUUAACUAUAUUAGAUGAUAUAUGGAUGUGUUUGAAAUUUUCUAAUGAAAGAGUACUGUAUUUAAAGGAAGCGGUACUGCACUAUUACAUGCUCUCAAAUGAUAAGGAAAAUAAAAAUGGAGCUGGUUCUAUCACA